GUCCGCAGUAGUAGACGGCCCCGCGACGCGCGACCUACGCGCAUUCGGAUAAUUCGAAUAUUGAAGUUCGAAAUUUGAUGUGUAUAUUUUUAAUUCGAUUUUUACAACAAUCCUCAAAUUUACUGAGCCAGCCAUCUGUUCUUUUUUUGGAUGAAAGGUGCCAAAGAAUUGACGAUUAAAGUCAUGAUUUAGGAUUUAGAACAUAUAACGUAAAAGUGUUGUAUCAAAUUAUCAACAUGAGAUCUUCGUUCGUCUUCAGCCUUCUACUUUUGGUUGUCGGCCGAGAGUCAGUAUUGUCUUCAUCAAGUACCCGUGAGUUGCAUUGCGGACGACGUCUGGUGUCUGGUCUUUUCUCCCGACCUAGAUUGCCACUGGGCUAUUCCUAUGUGACUACAGUACCCCGUGGUGCAUGCAGGAUUAAUGUGUCUGAGAUUGUUUCUAGUGAGAAUUAUAUUGCGCUGAAAAUAUUAAAUGGGUCGUAUAUUAUGAAUGGGGAAUUUGCUGUGAGUGUACCAGGCGCUUACGACGCGGCAGGAGCAAGAUUUAUUUACUCUCGAAAAGACCAUCUUGAUUCCGUAUUUGCCGUGGGGCCUAUUCACGAACCUAUUGAUAUUAUGAUUCUCUACACUCGACCAAAUCCUAACAUCAGAUAUGAAUACUUUACUGAAUCUGUGCCUGGAGAAGUGGAUCCACCGGUUGGACCAGCCACAAGACCUCAUAUUCCUGACAUUGUGCCGACAAUACAGGCUAAGCACACCAGUAGACAUCACAGUUUUGAUUACGCAAUGGUUGGAGUGCCAAAGCAUGAUAUGACUAGUUUAUCAAAAGAAAGUAGUUUAGAGGAUGACAAUAAUAUGGGCGACAAUGUUAUAGGAGGUAGAAUAUUUAGUUGGAAGAUUAUGUCUUAUACACAAUGCUCGAGAAGCUGUGGUGGUGGUUUUCAGGUAGGAAAGUAUCGUUGCGUAGAAAGCGAUGCUAAUGGUUCCAACAGAGAAGUAUCACCAGUGCAUUGCAAUGGAUCUUCACCUGCUGCUCGUCGACGAAGAUGUGGCAAUGUGCCAUGUGCUCCAAGGUGGAGAGCUGCUGUUUGGUCUACUUGCCCAAAAUGUGGACCUGCUUCAAAAUCUAGGAUUGUUGGAUGUGUGCAGGAUCAUUCUAGAGGCAUUUCUAAAGUUAGUGAUCUUAAAUGCCUGGCACCUAAACCACCGACAACAGACGUAUGUAAUAUACCAGAUUGUAAUGAAGUAAAAUACAUCGCGUCGAGACAAAUGAUACCAACUCGAGAUCAUACAGACAGAUUCAGAGAUGGUCCCGUCUAUACUGUGCCUGUUAAUAAUACUAAACUGGAGUAUGGUCCGGAAUACAGUUUUAGUCCAAUUGCUGGAUGGUUGUACACUGACUGGUCUGACUGUGUGGGAUGGUGCGUUGGCGGAGGGGUACAGUCUCGUGGAGUUCGCUGUGCAGAUCCCUCUGGAUGUGCUCCAAGAAAAUCUCUUGAAACGUCAAAAUCUUGUACACCUAGUCUAGCUUGUGAGCCACACAAAGGCCACUGGUUUACAGGAGAUUGGUCACCGUGUUCCUCCACUUGUGGUGGUAAACAAAUUCGAGGAGUGCUGUGCAUCGGUGGUACUGGAAGACAUCUCCGCGACGCAGCUUGUAGGAGCACGAAACCUGAAACUGAGAGAGAUUGCGGCGAAGAAUGUCCACCCAAGUGGUACUUCAGUGAUUGGGGACAGUGUACCGGUAACUGCACAACCGGGAAUGGUAUUCAAAGACGUACAGUGUGGUGUGCUCAAAAAGAUGUUGCCAGUGAGGAAUCCGAAUGCAGUGGAUUGAAGCCUCCGGCACAGAGAACAUGUCCAUUAAAAUGUUCUUCUGUGUCCAUUGCUACUCUUCCACCAAAUAUACCUACAGAAUCUCAAAAAUCAACGACACUUGAAACUCCAAAUACUCCAAGGACUACUGUAUCAACAAGAAAUGAUGAAUCAACAGAUUGUGAAGACAAGCUCACGAAUUGCGCCUUAGCUGUCCAAGCUCGCCUUUGUCAUUACAACUAUUACGUUCAGUAUUGCUGUCAUUCCUGCAGGGGUCGAUGAAUUCAAAUGUAUUGCCUGAAAAUACUGAUUAAACUUUCAUAAAUUAAAGUGCGUGUAUAGUCGGUAUUAGGUAGGCUCUAUACUCAAUUAAGUAAUUGUCUUUAUUGCACUGUAUCUCUAUGUUGACGAAUUGGAUUUAUUCAAAUUUUACUCAAGAAAUUCUUACGAAGUGUGUAAAAUUCUCUAUAUGUAUCUAUAAAUGGUUAGGCUUUCGGUAUUUGUACAAAAUUUCCUUUCAUAUAAAAUAUUUCAAGAAUUUAUUAAAACCUUAAAAGUCUUUAUGUUUAUUAUCUAUUUUAUUGUUUAGGCAUAUGUGAACUUAAACUGUUUUUCACACAUAGUA